AAAAGCUUGGGAUAGGCCCACUUCAGCAGUUCUUCAUCUCGAGCGCCAUCAAGUCAAUGCAAUUUAAACCAAAACAAACUCAAACUGCCGAGUCUCUCCGUGGCUCGGUUUAAUUUUUACUUUCAUUCGGGAUUGAGUGGAAACGAGCAAAGGACGAUGGGCCGUGCACGAGCGGAAAAGUCCCCGAGCUGGCAUCGACCGAGCGGACCAAAGGACAUUUUGGUGCUCGGGAACGUUUUUGCCAAUGCCGUGGCUCAGUUUCGGAUUCGUGUCGGAACGUGGCGCAACGGUCUGCUCAAGGAUACGCGAAAAAUCCGCUGUAGGAGCAAAACGCGGCGCGUGGAACAUAAAAAAAAAAAAGAAAUAAUAAGGAAAAUAAGGCACAGCUCUGACACUGUCAGAUUGGUCGAGUGUGUUUGUAUGCCGUUCCGUGCCGGUGUAGUGUAUUUGUGUGAGUGUUUUUUGGGGCCGUUUAAUUUUAUUAGCGGGCCGCGAUGUGUCAUGAAAAUUGCAAGCAAAACACAGAAAUACAAUAAAUGAAAAAUUAAAUAUUAAUUAAAUUUUUGCAUGCGAGUCGCUCUGGCGAAUGCAACGAUUGGGCGAUAAAAGUGCUCGUCCGUUGAUUGAAAUGUUAAAUAGAUAUUAAAAAUUAAUGUACUCGCUUGAAUUUCGGCCACAGUCCUGCUGCCGGAUAAGUCCGACUGAGCCGACGUUGCCCUCGAUAUUUUCGCGUGGCCCCGCACACAUAUUGGGUGGGAAUCUUCUUGGCCAUCAACAUCAUCAAGAUCAACAGCAACAGAAACAACUUUGUGUCGGGUGUGCGUGUAUAUGACUUUAUUAAAAUUUUAAAUCCCCCAUCGAGAGAGUACAUACGAGGCGCGUGUUUUUACACAUUGUUUGUGGACUUUCGUAAAUACAUUUCGCAGUCGCUCCACAUUUCCUACUCUUAUCGCGAUUACUGCACGGAGCGCGUUUUCCAAUUUGCCAGUUAACCGGUUGGCCAGUUUGGCACUGCCACUUUGCCACUUUACCACCUACAACCAACAACCAACAACCUGCAACCAUCAACCAAUCACGUCCACGAAAAAGUGCCGGAUUUUGAAAAAACAAUGCAACAAUCGGAGGGCUUCGCUCACCUCAAUGCCAAAUCAGCAGGAGCAAAAACAUCAGCAACAGAAGCACAAAAGUUAUGCUCCGGGCAAAAACUGAAAAUGAAACAACUUAAUUAGUAGUUGUAGGAGUCGAGAGCAAAAACCCGCGCACUCUCUGAAUUCAGAAUCAGAAUCGCAGCCAGAAUCCGGAUCAGAAACGGAAUCAGAAUCAGACCAGCGGAGGAAGUGAAAAUAAGCAGUAGGGCAUUACUGCGAAUUUUCGGAAAUAUUUUUCGCCCACGGUGGAAAAUGCCAAGAGGAGUUUUAUCAAGGGCAACUGUGUUCGCGUGUGAGUGAGAGUGGCUGCAAUUUUUUUGCGAGAAAAUUAAAUUGAAAACAACAAAGAAGGGGGCAAAGCAAAGCGAAGCGUAGAAGUAAACACUCUAAUAUACGAGUUGGGCCUGCAUAUAAAUUGUUACACUUUACACAACGGAUUUGCCAGAGCCAAGGACUUCCAGCAUGCACGUUACAACUUCCUGCUGCGCCAGCAUCAAGCGAUGCUAUUGGGCUUUAUUCACGCUCUUCCUAUUCGCGGCCCACGUCAGCAUAACUUCCGGUCAAAUCGAUUGGGACGACGACGACGAUCCAGUUUCCACAGUGGCCGUAGAAGCUGUUCUGGGACGUACCGCAUCCUUACCGUGCGACAUCGAGCCGGAGGCGAAGGACGAUCGGGUGUACAUGGUGCUCUGGUUCCGCGAAAGUGCCGGAAAGCCACUAUACAGCUUCGAUGUGCGAGGGCGGGCAUUCGAAAAGGCACUGUACUGGUCAGAUACCAACUCAUUUGGGCCACGUGCGUACUUCGUUACCGGGCAGCAGCCGGCCAAGUUAUCUGUGGACAAUAUUCAGCUGGAUGACGAGGGCGUCUACCGCUGUCGUGUCGACUUUCAGAACUCGCCCACGCGUAAUCAUAGAAUUAACUUAACGGUUAUUGUUCCUCCGCAUCAAAUACUCGUGUACGAUGCCUCUGGCCGCGAUGUCGCCGGCGCUGUGGGUCCAUUGCUCGAGGGCGAUAAUAUUGUGUUGACAUGUGAAGUGCGUGGCGGUCGCCCGGAGCCAACGGUGACCUGGCUGAAUGGAACCCGCACCCUGGAGGCGGGCAGCGGGGUGUCCAUGGGGCGUCAUGUGACCGUCAACCGCCUGGAGGUGGCCCAAAUCUCGCGCAACGCCCUGAACAACACGUACCGCUGUCAGGCCUCGAACACGAAACUGGUGGCGCCCGUGGAGCGCAGCAUUCGCAUCGAAAUGUUACUCAAACCCACAUCAGUCAAUUUAACCAAUAAGUUGAAGGUCUUCGCCUCGAACACGCAGUACAAUCUCACCUGCAUUGUGGCUGGCUCGGUGCCGGACACGGAAAUCAAAUGGACGCAAAAUAAUCGGCCCUUCAAACGUGGCAUGCUGUCAACGAGCCAAGCCAAUGGUCGAGUCAUAUCCACAUUGACAUUUUAUCCACAACCUGAGGACGACGGCACGAUGCUCAAGUGCGAAGGCUCCAAUCCACGGCUGCAGAACUCGGCCAUCGAGGACUCGCUUAUGAUGAAUGUCAUUUAUCCACCCCAGGUCACCUUAUCGCUGGGCUCCACUCUGCGUCCGGACGAUAUUAAAGAGGGGGACGACGUCUACUUCGAGUGCCACAUAAAAUCCAAUCCCAAGGAGCAUCGCAUCAUGUGGUCGCACGACGGUCAACCGGUCACCCAAAAUGUGUCUUGGGGCAUCAUUAUCUCCACUCGAUCCCUGGUCUUGCAACGGGUGGGAAGAGUACACUCCGGAUUUUAUGCCUGUUCGGCCGCAAACGAUAGAGGGGAGACCCAGUCUGCUCCAGUCAAUCUAAGAAUUCGAUAUGCGCCCGUCUGCAGCAGCAGCAGCAUUACCGUGAUUGGCGCCUCCUUGGAGGAGGCCGUGCCCAUUCCCUGCCGCGUCAACUCGGAUCCGCCCGAAAUUGAUUUUGAAUGGACCUUCUCCACCAGUGGCGAGCACUUUGAGGUCCCCUCGGGCCACUAUGCCACCAUCCAGGAUCCCACCAUGACCACCACCAGCGAUGUGAGGCGCACUGUUGUGGAGUCUAAUGAGACGCACUUCGAGAGCUAUGUGGAGACCAUCAGCGAGCUGAUAUACACUCCGAAAGGCGAAAGGGACUACGGAACGUUGGCCUGUUAUGGCCGAAAUGCGAUUGGAAAGCAGUCGGAUCCGUGUGUUUUUCAGGUGGUGCCAGCAGCCAAGCCAGGGGCAUUACGGAACUGUACGCUGCGACCGUAUGUGGUGACCUCCGCCUCGCUGAACUCAUCGAAUCAGACGACAAUGCAUGCCAAUCAAAUGCUGCCCACACAAUACGGCAGACACGAGUCGAAUUAUCCGCACAUGGAGUACGUACGUGAGCGCCAUAAUGCCAAUAGUAAUGGCAGCAACAGCAACAGCCAGAGAAGCAACAAUGCCACAUCCCGAAACAAUGCCACCAAUAAAAAUAUGAGGGGCAAGCCGGGCGCUGGCCAGGUCAAAUCUAAUAACAAGAAACUCAGCCAGCAGCAAUUGCAGCGGCUCAACAAGCGGACAUCAUUCACACCGUCGCAGACACUGGCGGCUAUCGAACGGCAGCGCCAUAAGAAGCAGACACAGCAGCAGCAACAGCAGAAGCAGCAGCAAAAGCAGCAACAACAUGCCACUGCUGGCAAGUCCAGUGGCAGUGAUAGCAAAACUGAUGGAUUGCAGGUGGCCAAGUCCGGGAAGCCGCGAAUGCGACGGGCCAGCCAACAGAAACAGCAGCAAAUGCCAAAGAGAAACAAGGAGCAACAUCAGCUGGAUGCACACAGCAACAACAAGAAGAAGCUACUUCAGUCAGGAGCAUCAAUAACAAGCCAACGAAAGCCAACAAAAUCAAAUUUAUCAAUGCCACAUGUAGGCAACAGCAACGGCAACAACAAUGGCCAAGUGCCAGAAAAGUAUUUUAAUAAGCGACAGAAAAACAUGCACAAACAGCAAAAGAAGCUGCUGCCAGCAAAGGAGCACAACGGCACCACAAUCCAUCAUUAUGCAACUUCGAGGCGAAGAAAACGGCAGGCAGCAAAUGACAUUCUAGCGACUGUGGCAGCGGCAGCCUCCUCGACAUCAUCAGUCGCCUCAUCUGCAACCUCAUUGGCAGCAAUGGCCACGGCCACCACGUCGCUGGAAAUCGAGAAGGAUGUUGCAAGUAGUGGCGGCAGCACAAGCAGCAUUAAACGGGCACGCAAAUCCUUAACCAGCAGUGACAAACAGCAGAAGCAAAAGAAGCUGCAGCAGCAGAAGGAGCAACAGUUGCUGCCACCGAAUGCUCCACAAAUAAGCAACCAGCCGGCAGCAGCAAUUAGCAGCAACAAUGUCAAGAAAACAGAAGCAACAUCAGCAGUUUCUGCUGCAGUUGUUGCAGAGGCUUCCAAGGAGUCCUCCAAAAACGAGCAAGACGGCAACGACGACAACGACGACGACGACGAUAAUGAUGAUGAUGAGGCAGAGACAGAUGGCGAGACGGAAACUGAAGACGAAGAUGAGGAUGAGGAUGAGGAUAUGGAUGCGGAUGCGGACACGGAUGGGGACCCAAACGAUGACGAUGCAGACCUGGAUGAAGAUGUUGCCCAGCUGGCCACCGAUGGCGAUUACUUGGCCGAUAGCCCUGGCGACUUGAGCGAAUAUGAGACGGUGGAGGUGGUGAAUGGCAAACGGCAGACGCACGACGACAUUUUGUCCUCGCUGGAACAGCAACUGGAUUUGGAGUCACUCGAGGACAACGUGGAGGAGGCGGAGGAGGCCGAGGAGGGGGAGGAUGACGAAGUCGAUGAUAUGUACAAUGUUAGCGAUGAUGACUUUGUGGCCAGUGUGGCGCUCUCCACCUCCGGCGACCCAACGCCAGCAACAAUGGUGACCUCUUCCAGCUCCAUCAAAGUUUCCACUGCACCGCCAGGACAAACGAAAACCAGCACUCGUAUAAGAACCACAGAAGCUGCCGAGUGGCAGCAACCUCAUUUCGACUACUCACGCAUGGAGUACAGCUUUAGUAAUGGCGUCGUCACCCAGAGCUUGCUCGGUGGCUCAGGUGGCGGUGGUGGUGGGGGUUCGGGGGCAGGAGGUGUACACGACGGCUAUGGGGGCGGAACCAUCAAUUUCGACAACUACGACAACAUCAUCUACUCAACCAUGGAACUGGAGUGCAUGCCCGGCUACGACGGCGGCCUGCAGCAGAAGUUCUACCUGGAGGCGUACGAUUCCAAGUCGAGGAAACUGAGACUCAACAUGACCAGCACCUACGUAGAUGUUCCGGUCUUCCGGAUAGAUCUGUCAGAUCUGAUGCCCAUGGACUCCUAUCCGGAUGCCCAUCCUGCCCUGCACUUGUUCGUUUACAGCGUCAAUCAGAAAGGACGCUCCGAGCCGAUUGUCCUCGAGAAUGUGCCCAUCAAUGAGGCGGACAAGCGUUCAGAUGGUCGAAUGGGUCUGUCCAUUUUGCCACUGGCUGCUUUGCUAGCAGGUACUCUCUUCACCGUGGGAAUAGCAGUUCUAUCCGUAGUGGUCAUCGCAAUUCGCCGACGGCGGGGCCAAGGAUCCCGCAACAUGUGUGACGACAAGGACAAGCACCUGGGCAUGGAUGUGACGGUAACCGCGCCUCUGGAAACGGGCGCUGGACACCAGCGCCUCGUGGUGGCCUACACCCUGAAGCAGGGAAUCGAGAAGCAGCCGGACAUAUUGAACGCCCAGAAGAGUUCCACAAACGGUGGUGACGUCUCGUCGCCGUUGGGAAAUCGGCCGAGUGGAUUGUUUGCUGGAGGAGGUGGUGCAUCGACCGCUCCCAUUGCCGGCAAUGCUUCAGGACACAAAACCGUGGAUUAUGACUCUAAUGCGCCGCACCUGAGCAGCCCUCCCUCUCAGUCGAGCACUCUGAAACUGGAUAGUGAUCCGGCAGCAACUGGGGCGAGAGGCGGAACGGCGCCCCCACUGUUGUAUGACGCCAUGCCCACCCUAAGUCGCUACGAGCAGCUGGGUCUGAGCAUGGCCAGCUAUUCCGCCGGCGCAGGGGGAACUGGGGGAAGCAGCAGCACGCUUAGUUCCGCCGGCAGUACAGUGACCGCUAAUGGGCCGUCCGCUGGGGGAGGAAGCUACCUGCACCACACACUGCCCCACAACCUCGCUCAGCAGCCAGGAGGCAGCAUGCAACAUCAGCAGCACCGAGAUCCGCUCAACCUGGCCGACUACCUGACCACCAGCAGCCUGAUAGACUACGGGCUGAACAAGCCACCGCCCGCUGCGCACAUGACGCUACCCAAGGGUCUCGGCAUGGGCCUGGGAAUGGGCAUGGGCUUAGGCGGGGGCUCCGUGAUGGCCGCCGGCACCAGCCUCUCUCCGUCGCAGCUGAACACCAUCACACACAAGUCGGCGGCAGGUCGCAACCACAUUAUCACCGACACCCUGCCCGGACCGGAGAGCUGCGUUUAAAGGGGGAGCGCUCGUCAGGCGCAUCCUGGAAUCCAACCAAAAGACUGGCGUACAGCAGAAGCCCAAAACAAAAGCCGAAUCAAAGUGGCUGCGAACUACUAACUAGAAACAUGGACAUGUGGUCAAAACAAUUGUUAUAUUUUAACUAAAUUUCUGGAAAACUUGUUAGGAAUUAUUAGGUUAUUAGGUUAAAGGCUUAGUCAAAAAUCUAAAAAAAAUCUGUAUUUAAACAACGAAGAAUGUUUUCACCAACUUUUUUUUACAAUAUUAUAAUUUUACUUACUGUUAAUUGUUUUCAAGACCUUUUCACUUUGACCUAUAUACUCCAUGGAAUUCCUGUUCGGCGGCGUCACUUAGAAAUAAUUCUUAGCCCUAGAAAAGUAGCUAAAAUAUGAAUAUGUAAUAUUUAAUAUGUAAUGCGUGUGUCUGUGUCUCUGUUCGUUUGUAAAUGUUUAAGAUAAGUGUAAUCGUAGCUGUAAUUGUAUACUAUUUACUUCGACUGGUGUAAAUCAAAGUCUAUGUUUCGGCGUCUUGGAGCGAGUUCAGUUUUUAAUUUAAGGGGUCUUGCCCACAAAGGUGAAACUAUUCUUCCAAGCCCUGAACUGGCCAAGAUGCUGGAAGUAGAAUGCUCUUACUACAUAACGGAACUUGUUGUUAAAUUUGUUUGUCCGGGAUAAAAACAUAAAAAAAAAUCUAAAAAUACAAGCCCAAAAACAAACAUAUCCCCUCCUGCCUAAGCCGACGGUAAAAACCACAACUAUUUGAACUGCCAACGGAGAGCCCAAGAUCAAAGCCAGAGCCGACUCGAAUAAAGAGGAAAAGUUAUAUUGGACACGUCUUGCGCCAUUGCGUGCCCAGUGCUGGUCAUUAUUUAACUUUUAAACACGCGCCAAAAACAGCAGCAGAUUUGAAUUUAAUGGUCACAGCAGCCGCUCCCCGCAUUCCCAUAUUUGUUUUUUUUUUCUUUUGCCUUGCUAUUAGCAGGCAGCAGCAGCCAACAAGUGAGCAAUAAAGAAAAGUUUAGAAAAAUAUGGGAUAGCCACCCGAAAACGAUACCGAGAAACCCCAGCCCCGGUAAUAAGCUCACAAGCGGUUGAAUGGGUAUAGAGCACACAAUAAAACUGGGCACGGAUUUGUGCGCACGAUAGCGCAAAACGAUGACAAUAAAUGGAAAAGUUUUUAAUAAGCUAAUAAAAUGAUUUAUGCGGGUCAAGUCGGGAUAAAAAGCACAUCGAACACCCAACGAGAUGGCGAUUUGAUGAGCUCGACUUUGGCCACUUCUGGAGGAGUUGGCAGUUGGCCGACACCUCAUUGAUUACCAGUUGACCUACACAGACCCAAACACAACGAUAGAUUUUUGUAAAUAUUAUUUAUGGUCCAUAAACUCGGGAGCAGUUCAAAUAGUUGGUUGUGGCUCUUUCCAUUCUUGUACUCUUCAUUGGCAAUUGUUAUCAAGGCAUUAGCAUAUCAGAUAAAUUCAUAUUGAAAGUCAGCAGAAAAUAAUGCUAGAAUAACUAAAUGUAUAUCAUAGACAAGGGCUAAACGACUAUAAGUGUUCAAAAGUUUGUCAUAUCAUUUUACCAUUCCUUUCUAAAUAUGUCUUGACUUUCCAACGAAAACGGAAAUGGAAAUACAAUUAAGCAUAAAUCAUCAAUAGCAACUAGUGAAAUCAAUGUAAUGUCAUAAUGUUUAAAUGUAAAAGUUAUAGAAUUCCAGGCAAGCUGAAAAAGAAAAUCGAAAACUUCCUCCAAGUUUAUACAUACUUAAAUAUAUAGGCAAAAGGUCCCCGCUGUAGAUAUCCAAAACAAAACGAGUGCGAAUAGUAAACAUUUUUAAAAAGAACCGAAACCUGUAGAGUCACGCCCUUAUGUCACGGUCAGCAAAAAGUAUUUUAUGAGCCUCAAAGAGAGCAAACGUUGUAAAUAAUUACAUGCAUAAAGGCAACCCCAUUAAAACAGACAUAUACACAUCAUUGUAACUAACUACAUAUGUAAAAAUGCUUAAAAUAUUUGUGAUAAAGUAAUAAUGUUAAUGGUAAGAAAUAAAACGUAAACAUAUUAAUGAUA